AAUUAAUCGUACACGUCAAGAUAUUUAUCAAGCAUUUUCAAACUUUUCGGUCUGAAGUUUUGCCACAAUGGGUGACGAAACUACCAACGAAAUUCCUUGUAAUCAGAAACCCUGUCUCCCGCGUGUCCCGAAGAAACCUACGGUUGCUGACGACGAAGCCAGUAAGACCAUAAGGGAGAGACCCAUCUUGUUUGCUGGGGUUGUGUGGAUUGGGAUUCUUCGAAGGUUUUUGAUUCCACGUACAUGUACGCAGCAGAUCCACAAGCAGCCUGAGGAUUUAAAACCUCACCAGACAUCCAACAGACAAGUGUUAGAAACUCGACAUGUUAGCGAUUCUGAACCUUUGCAUGUCAAUCACAAGCUUACAGCUGUCCCACUUAUUACAGAAUAUCCUGUGGUCACUGGUGACCCGAAAUCAGAAACGCUCCAGAGUCCUAUCAAGGAAAAAUCAUCUUCAUAUGUCAGAGAAUUAGUGGCCCAGGCACAAGAAUCAUCUUCUGUUGUUGUAGCGCGAGCUCGAAACUUCCCUCAGGAGUUGGGCGCCAUCUUGAGAGCUGGCCAGAGAAAUGCUGCUGAAGUCUUCGAGGCUUUGCGCCGAGAGGAUAACCACAGUUCCAGGCUGGUGGCGAUCUCCAUCAGCAGUUUUGUAGGCUUGUUGUGCGGCCUCAAGAAAGGAGCUGUACCGAGCAUAGGGUACACGAUGACCGGAGCAACGGCGGCGGCGAGCUUGUGUUACCCUGAGCAUACCAAGAUCUGCAACCGGGCAGUCCUGAAGGUCUUACGACAAUCAACCCCUGCCACGUCGAGGGAUCAGUGUUCAAUCAAGGGCCCACCAUACCCCCUUGUGAUGGGUGAUUGGUAUUAUUUCCAAAUGCCCAGCUUAAAAGAUGUUUUUGGAUACGGGCAGUUGCAAGAUACAAAUGACAAUUUCAAUGCCACCGAAUUUUCUCGAGCAGAAACAAAUGUAACCAAAAAUAUCUCAGAAAAUAUCUCAGUUCUGUCCAAUCAUCCUUCUAAAAGUAGUAGUGAAGAAAUCAAAGCUGAACCAAAAGAGCCUAGCAUAAUCUUGAACAGAGUGGAAGUCGAGCCUAACAACGAAAUUAAUAAGUAUCCAAUCCAACGAGAUGUUUCAGAACAGUCAUUGAUUGAAGAAGUAUUCCUCGCACAGUCAGAUGAAGCUGAAGAUGCACUUCAAAAGAUUGAAACAGUGGUAAACGAAUCUCAUCCUCACGCAGUUUCUGACUCACCAAAGCUUGUAACAAAACAUUCUGAAGAGGGGUCCGUUGAAUCAGAAAAUAUAAGUCUUCAAUCCCCUGUAGGAGUGGGCGAAUCAAAGGAAGAUAUUUCUGAUGCUGAAGGUGAUCAUGAAAAUGGUUAUACCAAUCACUAUGAGGCUAAAGAUGAAUCUUCCGAUACGGUGAUGAUCAUUAAAACAGAGAAACUUGAUGGUCAACCAGAAAAUCCAAACGAAACUGACAAAAAAAGUGAUGGAGUGCCGCUGAGCAGGAAGUUAGCUCCUUACUACAGGGCAUUACCAGACGAUGAGAAAACCUCACGGGAGAAGGGCUACACAGACGCAUACUCUAAUCGUGGCAAUUAGAACUUGAAAAAUAUUAUAUGUAACGUAAAUUAUAUCAAACAUUGAAUUGUAUGAAGCUAAAUGACAUUGAAAAAUAAUAAAAUGGCUUUAACUAAGUUA